UCUCCCUACGUGGCUCUUCAGUUGAGCCGAAAGCCCCAAAAGCUCUUGAUAUCAGCGCCCACCGCAUGCCUCUGACCUGGCCGCCGUCUUAGAUUGACGCACGUGCUUUUUUAGCCAUCCAUGGGGGCCCAUUUCCCAGCCCGCCUGGGGCCCACGCCAACACCCUCCCUCCAACCGAACGCUACGUCACCCCUUUGUCUCCAUUCCCCUCCAAAACCCUCCCUCGUUCGAGUAUAAGAUGGGCCGGGCAUCGGACAUCUCCACUAGGGAACGGAGAGUUCCAAACUAGCUUUAAACUAGUAGUGGUAGAAGCACAAGAAGAACCGCCCUUGGCUCUUCCCCACAAUGGAUUCCUCCUUCUUUUACCCCCUAAGCUCUCAACGCUCGCCGGAAUCCUCCGCGGGUUCGCCGGAGUGCUUCCCGUGGGGCCACAGGCUCUUCUACUCUGAGCAAGAGGCCCUCCCUUUCGAUGUGAAUGACUCCGAGGAGAUGCUCCUGCUCGACAUGCUCGCGAAGGCCCCUGCCAAGGCCUCGUCGUCGUCGGAUGCCAGCGACUCGAACUCGAUCCAGCCCAAGGAAGAGGAGGUGGACUCGAAGAGCAAGGCAGGGCAUGGCGCCAAAGAGCAGAGCUACAGAGGGGUGAGGCGGAGGCCGUGGGGGAAAUUCGCUGCGGAGAUUCGCGACUCGACUCGGCAUGGCAUCCGGGUGUGGCUGGGAACCUUCGAUAGCGCGGAAGCUGCGGCCUUGGCCUACGACCAGGCUGCGUUCUCGAUGAGGGGGUCGAUGGCGGUAUUGAAUUUUCCGGUGGAGCGAGUCCGGGAGUCGCUGCGGGGGAUGAAGUACGGGGAGGAGGACGGGGUGUCGCCGGUGGUGGCGCUGAAGAGGAGACACUCCAUGAGGAGGAAGUCGACGGGGAGGAAGGGGAAGGGGAGGGAGGUGAGGAUAGAGAGUGUGGUGGAGUUGGAGGACUUGGGGGCAGAGUACUUGGAGGAGCUCUUAAAGCAGUCAGAGGUCGCCGGCCCUUGGUGAAGCAUGAACCACUUCAAUUCUCAUGACUUUGUUCUCUUUGUUUUUAAUUCCUUUCUUGUUUUCUUCCUUCUUUCUUUCCUUCCUUUUUUUUCUCUCUCUGUUUUUUUUUUUGAAGGGAAAAUGGGGUAGAAAACUCCCCUUCUUGUUUCCUUCUUAAAAUUGUUCAAUCUAGGGGAGCUUUCUUUUCUUUUUGACUCUCUGGAUGGCAAGAUUGUAAUAGUAAGAGAUUUUGGGAUCUUACUUCUUCCUAAUCCAAUCAAUUAGCUGUUUUUAAUGUAAAGUGAAGAGUUUCUACUGAUA